AUGAAAAGGAAUAAGAACUAGAAGAGAAAUUUUGAUAAUUUAUAAGAAUAAAAAAAUAUUAUGUUAGAAGAAUUAGAUGAAUUCAAUAAAAUAUUCGUAAAAGAGGAUUUAGAGAAAUAAAAGUAUUCUAUAAUAUAUAUUAGGAAUAAAAAAAAUAAGAAGCUUUAAAAAUUAAGAAAAAGCUAAUAAUAAAAGAUGGAGAAUACUAUUAAAUUAAUUUAGAAUGAAAAAAAUGAAAAGAAAAGAGUUAUAUGAU